AUGGUUCUCCAAAAACUUGUAUUCAGUCUUCUGAAAUACUAUUAUUGCAUCAAAUUCACUGCACUAUUAUUUAUCGGAUUUUUGAUAAAAGGAAGAGGAUUGUUUGAGAAGAAACAUAGAGAGAAACCAAGUGUGCUUGAAGGAUGGGACAGCAGAUAUAUCAAACUAAAGAAAGUAAGACUGCAUUAUGUUCAAACCGGAUCAGAUGAUAAACCAUUGAUGCUUUUCAUUCAUGGAUAUCCAGAGUUUUGGUAUUCAUGGAGAUUCCAAUUGAAAGAAUUCGCAAAUAGAUACAGAUGUGUAGCAAUCGAUCAACGUGGCUACAACUUAUCAGACAAACCGAAGCCAGUAGAAAGUUAUGCAGCCGACGAGCUAGUUGGUGAUGUGAGAGAUGUUAUUGAAGGACUCGGAUACAAGAAAGCAGUUGUUGUCGCACAUGAUUGGGGAGGUCUUGUCGCUUGGAAAUUUGCAGAAGCAUACCCCGAAAUGGUAGAUAAACUAAUUUGUUGUAAUAUUCCUAGACCUGGUGCAUUCCGCAGACGACUCCAAAGCAGUUGGUCGCAGUUCAGAAAGAGUUGGUACAUGUUCUUCUUCCAAAAUAAACGGAUCCCGGAACUUCUGAGUACAGCUGAUGACAUGAAAAUGUUGGAAGGAGCUUUUAGAGGAGAGAUGGGCAUUCGGAACAAGAAAAAUUUUACGGAUGAUGAUUUGGAGGCAUGGAAAUACUCAUUCUCCAUGAAUGGAGCUUCGUUCAAAUACCCGAUCAAUUAUUAUAGAAAUAUUUUUAAUAAUAGUUCUGGCUCAUCGAAGGACAUAGUUUUGGAGAUGCCAACACUCAUAAUCUGGGGAACUGCCGAUGGAGCUUUGGACAUUGAAGCCGCUGAAGACAGCCUGAAGACUCUCCGCAACGGAACUAUGAAGAAGGUUCUAGGAGCUUCCCACUGGGUUCAACAAGAUGAACCAGAGCAAGUCAACCAGCAUAUCUCCGAGUUUUUGAGUAAAAACUAG